CAUGUAGAUGAGCAAGUCACCUUGGUGCCCACUCCUUCCUUGGACUCUAGUUAUAUAUUACCACCAAGCUUUUCUCAAAGCUUCUUGCAGAUGGUGAGGCCAAGCCCAGUUCCAGUCUUGUUCCUGUUGUGGUUAGAACUAGUCUUACCAAACAAUUUGAACAGAGAGGGUAGGUCUUUGCAUUAAUUAAUGACAUAACUUAGCUCGCCAUAUCAGCGAUUCUAAGCUUCUCAGUAUUUCUACCUCCUCAUAAUACCAUCUCUUUGUCUAAUAGUUCAAAGCUCUCAGAACUCUCUUAAUGAAUGAAUCCUUAUUCCGCUCUGGGUCCCUAUGGCGGCAUCCCCUGGACUUGGCAGGAGCCACUCCCGGCCCUGAAUCUGAGCCAAAGGAUCUUUUAGUUCGAAGGGUGGCUAAGAAGCAGCUAGCAGUCAGAUUUGGAGGAGGCAGAAGUUGGAAGGUCCUGGAUGAGGUGUUUCAGUGGGUUUAAGAGAGGGGGUUGGGUUUUAGGGUGGUUUGGACGAUAUAGUGGGUUUGGAGUUUUGGCUAGAAAGUAUAUGGAAGUCAAAAUUUGUAAUAUUUGUGCAUAAUUCGAUGAAUAUAUUGCC